AUUCAUGAACAGCAUAGGCGAGGCAUGCAACGAUCUGAAGCAACAGUACGACGCCUGCUUUCACACGUGGUUCUCCGAGAAAUUCUUGAAAGGAAAUCCACAAGUGUAUAACGCAUGAAAAGGGGGAGAGAGAGAGCGAGGGUGUAAAAUAGCGAGGGUGGCAACAUGGAGGCUUGCAGUGAGUUGAAACAGAAGUACGACGCCUGUUUCAACAGUUGGUUCUCCGAAAACUUUUUAAAGGGGGAUACCAACGAUUCGAUGUGCGCUCCCUUGCUUAAAGUCUAUAAAGAUUGCGUAGCGAAAGCCAUGAAGGAGCACCAUAUUGAACUGAAAGAUAUGGAAACGAAUUAUUUGGAAACCGAGAAGGAGAAGCCGCCACACAGUUGACAUAAAGACGUUUGCACGUUCACAUCUGGGUAGCUACGCAGCUUUUUCACGGACAAUCGGCAACGCAAACAGUGCAACUUUGGACGUCGUUCCUACUUCUUAUGAUGAACAGUUAAAAUUAACUGAACUAUAGUUAAUUGAUAGUUAAAUGUUGUCAACUAGCCGCUGCACUAUUGUUGCCGAACAUUCUACACACAAGUGACAUUAAAACAUUUUAAUUGUUGUAACAAGAGAAACUAUGUACAUAUAAUGUCUAUGUAUUAUCUAUACGUAAUAUAUACAUGUCAUUAAUAGCAAAUUUAAUUGGUUCUGUAAUUUUAGCAUUCUUUAUUAUAUGACAUCUUGGAUUUUUCUUCAAAGACCUACACUUUGUGCAGACAAAACCUGUAUAAAAUUACUUCAAUUGUUGUAAAUGAAAUAGUAACUGGAUAACGUAAAAUAAAUAAAUUUACAGAGCUAGUAAAUAUAUAGCUAAAGGACUUUUACAUGUCUCUUCGUUGGAACAAGAGAGAAAGAAAUACGUUUGCUCAAAGAAAAAAAAAAGCAGAGCAAAAAUAUUCAACGACGGCAAUAAGUUGUUAUUUGUUUUCACAGCAUUCAGAUCUUAUAACUUUCUAAUAUUAGUCCGUUUUAAAUAUAAAAAUGCAAUUUAUUUUCGUUAUAUAAAUUGACGAAGAA